AUGCUGCUGCGUUGGAGAGUCUGGGCGUUGAAAUCGAGAAACAAACCCCCCUGGACCCUCCCCGCCAAAGCCGCCUACUCAAAAUACGACGGCAAACGAGCCCAGAAAUACUUCGGUCAUGAUUUCGAAGUUCCCUCUUGGUUCCCGAUCUUGUCGCUUUUGCCCCAACGAGCCCUAACCUACAUCAAAAAGCACCACCCCAGCCAAACUUUCUCCGCAGCUUUCCAGAGCUGCUUCGAGACAAUGUGGAAUGGCCAAUUGGACAUUUCUAAGCCUGAGAAUCUGGCCACGGCUCUGAGAAACGUAUUUAGUGCCCAGGAAGUAGAGAAGAUUAUUACCGCCGCGGGAACGCCUGAGGUCAAGGCUGAGUUGGCGGCGACGACGGAGAGGGUCGUGAAGGAGUUGGGGGCGUUCGGGUGCCCGUGGUUUUGGGUGGUGAAUGGGGAGGGAAAGGGGGAGCCGUUCUUUGGGAGUGAUCGGUGGCAUUUUAUGUGGGAGUUUUUGGGGUUGCCGUUUGAUGAUUUGAGGUUGAGGGCUAGGAUAUAG